AUGGCGAAGGAGGAAGAAGAUGAGAAGAAAGCGAAGAAGGGCAAGAAGGGCAAGAAGGCGCCGGAGCCGGAGAAGCCCAAGCGGAGCCUGAAGGGGACCUCGCGGCUGUUCAUGGGCUUCCGCGACCGCACGCCCAAGAUCUCCAAGAAGGGCCAGUUCCGGAGCGCCUCGGCCUUCUUCUGGGGCCUGCACACUGGCCCGCAGAAGACCAAACGCAAGAAGAAGGCCCGCACGGUGCUCAAGUCCACGUCGAAGCUCAUGACGCAGAUGCGCAUGGGCAAGAAGAAGCGGGCAAUGAAGGGCAAGAAGCCGUCCUUCAUGGUCAUCCGCUUCCCCGGCCGGCGCGGCUACGGCCGCCUGCGGCCACGGGCCCAGUCGCUCAGCAAGGCGUCCACGGCCAUCAACUGGCUCACCAAGAAGUUCCUCCUCAAGAAGGCCGAGGAGUCGGGCAACGAGCAAGCCACUGUGGACGCCUGGCUCAGCCGCUCCGGCUCCCACGUGGGCUCCCGCAAGCUGCCCUUCCCAUCGGGCGCCGAAAUCCUGCGGCCCGGUGGCCGCCUGCGGAGGUUCCCCCGCAGCCGCAGCAUCUACGCCUCCGGGGACCCCGUGGGCUUCCUGCCCUUCGAGGACGAGGCCCCGUUCCGGCACGCGGGCUCCCGGAAGUCGCUGUACGGGCUGGAGGGCUUCCAAGACCUGGGGGAGUACUACGACUACCACCGCGAGGGGGACGACUACUAUGACCAGCAGUCACUCUACCACUACGAGGAGGAGGAGCCCAGCCUGGCCGCCUACGCCUCCUACGCCCCCUACGGCGCCUAUGGCCCCUACGGCCCCUACAACCCAGCCUGGCCGCCCUAUGUAGACCACCCGCAUGGAUACCCACCCGAGGACCCCUACGACUACUACCGCCCGGACUAUUAUGGUGGCCCCUACCACCCCCUGUCCACCUACGGCUACAGUUACGGCUAUGAUGAUUAUGAGCCCCCCUACGCCCCCCCUGGGGGCUACGUGUCUCCCUACAGCUACUACGAUGCUUACCAGGGUGAGCCGUACCCCCACAGCUACUACCUGGACCCCUUCGCACCUUUCGAGGGGCCGUACCUGCCCUACGACCUCCCAUACAAUGCGCCCGCCCUUGAUCCCUACGAGAUGCCCUAUGGCGUCCCCUACAGCGCCCCCUACGCAGAAGGCAUCUACGGUGGUGGGGACCAGGCCAUCUACCCUCCCGAAGUGCCUUAUCUGUACCCGGAGGAGUCUGCCUUUGCAUACCCGUGGGUGCCGCCACCCAUCCUGUCGCCCCACAACCCGUACGCCCACCCCAUGGAUGACAUCGCAGAGCUGGAGGAGAUGGAGGAACCAGAGGAGGCGGCCGGGCAGAGACAGGGCACCUCCUUCCGCCUUCCCAGUGCCACCUUCUUCGAGCAGCAGGGCAUGGACAAGCCGGCCCGGUCCAAGCUGUCCCUCAUCCGCAGGUUCCGCCUCUUCCCACGGCCCCAGGUGAAGCUGUUCGGGAAGGAGAAGCUGGACGUGCCCCUGCCCCCCUCCCUGGACAUCCCUCUGCCCCUGGGGGACGAGGAGGACGAGGAGGAGGAGGAAGAGAUGCCCCCGGUGCGCAGGGGGCCCUACGCCCACCCCUUCUGGGGCUUCCUCACACCUCGCCAGCGCAACCUGCAGCGGGCCCUGUCGGCCUUCGGAGCCCACCGCACCCACCACGGCCUGGGCUUCAGUCCCGAGUUCAGCCACCUCUCACCACGCCCGACCACCUCGCUGGCCCGCUUCCUCAAAAAGACGCUGUCGGAGAAGGAGAAGAAGCCGGCCCCGCGGUCGCGGGGCGGCCCGAAGGCGCGGCGGGGAGACCCGGUGGUCCGGGAGGCGGCCUACAAGCGCUUCGGCUACAAGCUGGCGGGCAUGGACCCCGACCGGCCCGGCACACCCAUCGUGCUGAGGAGGGCCCAGGCGCGGGCGCAGAACAACAACAACUCGCACCUGCCCGCCGCCCCGGCCCACUGGAGCGCGCUGCUGUCCCCGCCUGCGCCCCGCCGGCCCCCCAGCCCCGGGCCGCCCUUCCCGCCCGUGCCCUCUGGCCGGCCCCGGCCCGCCUCGCCCUACGGCUCGCUCCGCCACCACCCGCCGCCCUGGGCCGCCCCGGCCCACGUGCCGUCCAUGCCGCAGGCCAGCUGGUGGGCCUUAGUGGAGCCUCCUCCCGUGAGCCCCGAGGUGCCACUCGACCUGUUGGCCUUCCCGCAACCCCGUCCCUCCUUUCAGGGCUCCCGCCGGCGAGGGGCGGCUCUCAGCUACCCUGGGACCUCGCCGCUGCCAUCUCGAAGGCAGGCCUGGCCACCACUGCCCUCACCCCAGCCGUCGCUGAGGAGCCUGCCUGGCCUGGGCUACCGCUCACCCUUGGGGCCUGCGUCGCCGCAGCCCUCCCUGCGGGCCGGCCCCUUCCCACCGACCUUCUCGCCUCUGCCCCGCCGUCCCCGGUCGCUGCGGGAGCCCCUGUCCCCACACCGGUCACUGCGGGAGCCCCUGUACCCGCACCGGUCACUGCGGGAGCCCCUGUCCCCACACCGUGUCUCCAGGCGGCUGGGCCCCCCGCAGCCUCCCUUGCCUUCGCCUCCACCGCACCCCAGCUGGCGGCACUACUCGCUCAACCUGUCCUCGCGCCUCCCGCCUGCGUGGCGUCGCCUCAGCGAGCCGCCCACCAGGGCUGUGAAGCCCCGGGUGCGCCAGCCCUUUCGCAGGUCCCUGGGUCCCGGGUCUUGGCCCUCAGCGGGGGCUGACCCCGAGCCCCAGGAGAGCCAGCAGGAAGCUGAGGACUCAGGGAUACCCUGGACGGUGCCCCCCCUGGUCCCCAGCUGGGACGUGGACAUGCCUGCCACCCAGCGCCCGUCCUCGCCUUGGCCAGGAGGUGCGGGCAGCCGCCGGGGCUUUUCCAGGCCACCCCCUAUCCCCGAAAACCCCUUCCUCCAGCACAUCGGCCCCGUGCUGUCCCCUGACGCCCAGCUGGAGGACCCAGACUCUGACUCGACUGGUGUCUUCCUGAGUAGACACCAUGACCUAGGGCCUGGAGAGCCAGCCAAGUCGGCCAGCCCCGGCCCCACGAAGCCUGAGGAAGAGGCCCGGCCCAGGAGCCCCCAGCCACCAGCAGAGCCUGAGCCCCGAACGAAGCCCCCCAAGGACUCUCCCCCAAAGCAGAAGCCACUAGGGCUCAGCCUCUCCUACCCUCUGGCCGCUUGUGAGCAGAGGAGGGCCACGUGGCCACCAGGGCGCCGCUGGGGAACACUGCCCAGUGUCCCUGCGCCAUUGAAGCCCACUGGGGCCCCAGGGCCCCUGCCCAUGGCAGGUCAGCGGCGCCAGGCAGCUCCUGGGCGCUUUGCUGUAGUCAUGCCUCGGGUGCAAAAGCAGGGCUCUCUCCAGCGAGGUGAUCCUGACACCCUGCAGCCCCCCACCCAGCUGACCGAGGACCCAGAACCCCGCCUCAAGCCAAGAGCCUGGAGCCUGCUCUGGUCCUGCCUCUGGCUGCCAGCAGGGACCCACCGACCCUGGCCUCAAGUGCAUGCCCGCCCCCCAUCCUGCCGCCUGGGCCCUGAAGCUGCUUAUCUGCCCCGCAGGGGCCCCUGGGAAGUUGGCCCCAAAAGCUGGUGCAACAAGAUGCACUCCAUCCGCAACCUGCCAUCCAUGCGGUUCCUGGAGCAGCACCGGGAGGACGGCGUGGAGGACAUGACACAGCUGGAAGACCUCCAGGAGACCACAGUGCUGUCCAACCUCAAGACCAGAUUUGAACGGAACCUCAUCUACACGUACAUCGGCAGCAUCCUCGUGUCGGUGAACCCGUACCGGAUGUUCGGAAUCUACGGGCUGGAGCAGGUGCAGCAGUACAGCGGGCGGGCCCUGGGAGAGAAUCCCCCGCAUCUCUUCGCAAUUGCAAACCUCGCCUUCGCCAAAAUGCUCGAUGCCAAACAGAACCAGUGCAUAAUGAUCAGCGGCGAGAGCGGCUCUGGGAAAACCGAGGCCACAAAGCUGAUUCUGCGCUACUUGGCCACAAUCAACCAAAAACGCGGCAUCGUGCAGCAGAUCAAGAUCCUGGAGGCAACACCCCUCUUGGAGUCCUUCGGUAACGCCAAAACUGUUAGGAACGACAAUUCCAGCCGCUUCGGGAAGUUUGUGGAGAUCUUUCUGGAAGGGGGCGUGAUCUCUGGUGCCAUAACCUCCCAGUACCUGCUCGAGAAAUCCAGGAUUGUAUUUCAGGCCAAAAACGAGAGGAACUACCACAUCUUCUACGAGCUGCUGGCUGGGCUGCCUGCCCAGCUCCGUCAGGCCUUCCGCCUGCAGGAGGCUGAGACCUACUACUACCUGAACCAGGGUGGGAACUGUGAGAUCUCAGGGAAAAGUGAUGCGGACGACUUCCACCGGCUCCUGGCUGCCAUGGAGGUGCUAGGCUUCAGCGGGGAGGACCAGGACAGCAUCUUCCGCAUCCUGGCCUCCAUUCUGCACCUGGGCAACGUCUACUUCGAGAAGUACGAGACAGACGCACAGGAAGUGGCCUCGGUGGUGAGCGCCCGGGAGAUCCAGGCUGUGGCAGAGCUGCUACAGAUCUCCCCUGAGGGCUUGCAGAAGGCCAUCACCUUCAAAGUGACCGAGACAAUACGAGAGAAGAUCUUCACGCCCCUAACUGUGGAGAGUGCCGUGGAUGCCAGGGACGCCAUCGCCAAGGUCCUGUAUGCGCUGCUGUUCGGGUGGCUCAUCACCAGGGUCAACGCGCUGGUGUCCCCACCGCAGGACGCGCUGUCCAUCGCCAUCCUGGACAUCUAUGGCUUCGAGGACCUGAGCUUCAACAGCUUCGAGCAGCUCUGCAUCAACUAUGCAAACGAGAACCUUCAGUAUCUCCUCAACAAGAUCAUCUUCCAGGAGGAGCAGGAGGAGUACAUCCGGGAACAGAUCAACUGGCGGGAGAUCACCUUCGCAGACAACCAGCCCUGCAUCAACCUGAUCUCGCUGAAGCCUUAUGGCAUCCUCCGCAUCCUCGAUGACCAGUGCUGCUUCCCCCAGGCCACAGACCACACAUUUCUGCAAAAGUGCCAUUACCACCAUGGCGCCAACCCUCUCUACUCCAAACCCAAGAUGCCACUGCCCGAGUUCACCAUCAAGCACUAUGCGGGCAAGGUCACCUACCAGGUGCACAAGUUCCUGGACAAGAACCAUGACCAGGUGCGCCAGGAUGUGCUGGACCUCUUCGUUCGGAGCCGGACACGGGUGGUGGCACACCUGUUCUCCAGCCAAGCGCCACAGGCCGCUCCUCAGCGCCUGGGCAAGAGCAGCUCCAUCACCCGGCUCUACAAGGCCCACACAGUGGCAGCCAAGUUCCAGCAGUCGCUCCUGGAUCUGAUUGAAAAGAUGGAGAGGUGUAACCCCUUGUUCGUGCGCUGCCUGAAGCCCAAUCACAAGAAGGAGCCAGGCCUCUUUGAGGCAGACGUGGUAAUGACCCAGUUACGCUACUCAGGGGUGCUGGAGACGGUGCGAAUCCGCAAAGAGGGCUUUCCGGUGCGGCUGCCUUUCCAGGUGUUCAUCGACAGGUACCGCUGCCUGGUGGCCCUGGACCGCGACCUGCCGGCCAGCGGGGACAUGUGUGUGUCCGUGCUGAGCCGCCUGUGCACAGUCAUGCCAAAUAUGUACCGCGUUGGCAUCAGCAAGCUCUUCCUCAAGGAGCACCUGCACCAGCUGCUGGAGAGCAUGCGGGAGCACGUCCUGAACCUGGCAGCCCUCACCCUGCAGCGCUUCCUCCGUGGCUUCUUCAUCCAGCGGCGUUUCUGCUCCCUGCGCCACAAGAUCAUCAUGCUGCAGAGCCGAGCCCGAGGCUACCUGGCCAGACAGCGGUAUAAGCAGAUGAGGAAACGGCUGGUGAAGUUCCGGGCCCUGGUGAAUACCCACGUGAGCCAGCGGCGCCUCCUCAAGCUGAGGGCAGAGCGGAGGCUCCGGGUGGAGGAGGUGCGGCUACGGGAGCAGGAGGAGCUGAGCAAACGGGAGGUGGUAGCUGUGGGACACCUGGAGGUGCCCGCAGAGCUGGCGGGGCUCUUGCGAGCAGCGGCAGGCCUCAGGCCGGCCCAGGCGCCCCGGGUGGCCCCCGUACGGACUCCCCGACUCCAGGCUGAGCCCCGUGUCACACUGCCCCUGGACAUCAAUAACUACCCCAUGGCCAAGUUUGUCCGGUGCCACUUCAAGGAACCUGCCUUCGGGAUGCUGACUGUGCCCCUGAGGACGCCCCUCACUGGGCUGGCCUUAGAGCACCAUGCAGAAGCCGUGAGCAUGUUCAAGCUGAUCCUGCGUUUCAUGGGUGAUCCCCACCUGCACGGUGCCCAGGAGAACGUCUUCGGGAACUACAUUGUGCAGAAAGGACUGGCAGUACCCGAGCUCCGAGAUGAGAUCCUGGCACAGCUGGCCAACCAGGUGUGGCGCAACCCCAGUGCCCACAAUGCCGAGCGGGGCUGGCUCCUGCUGGCUGCCUGCCUCGGCGGCUUCGCACCUUCCUCGCGCCUCAGCAAGUACCUGCUCAAGUUUGUGUCUGAUUACGGGCAGAACGGCUUCCAGGCCGUGUGUCAGCACCGCCUCAUGCAGGCCAUGAGCCGGGCCCAGCAGCAGGGCUCUGGGGCUGCCCGCACCUUCCCUCCCACCCAGCUCGAGUGGGUGGCAGCCCAGGAGAAGGCCAGCAUGGCUCUGGACGUGGGCUGCUUCAACGGUGACCAGUUCUCCUGCCCGGUCCACUCCUGGAGCACAGGUGAAGAGGUGGCUGGAGACAUCCUGAGGCACAGGGGGCUGGUGGACGGCUGGCGGGGCUGGACGGUGGCUGUGAAGAAUGGGGCCCAGUGGGCAGAGCUUGCAGGCCACGACUAUGUGCUGGAUCUAGUGUCCGACCUGGAGCUGCUCAGGGACUUCCCGCGGCAGAAGUCCUACUUCAUCGUGGGUGCAGAAGGACCCACAGCCGGCAGGGCGGGCCCGAGAGCCGUGUUUGGGAACAGCUGGGACUCGGACGAGGAUGCACCUACCAGGCCCCAACCCCAGGGGCAGGUGCCCAAAGUGGCUGACUCCAAUGGGUACUGCAGCCACAAUGAGGACAGUACAAAUGGGGAGACUGAGGCCCAGAGAAGGAAAGCGACCCACCAAGACUUGGACAGCCUCGGACAGCCUGCUGUGUCCCACAAGGGACUGGACUGCUACCUGGACAGCCUCUUCGACCCUGUGCUGUCCUGUGGGGAUGCGGACCUGGAGAAGCCGACAACCGUUGCCUGCCGCAUGAAAGGGGGAGGCCAGCCCGGUGGAGGUGGCAGCAGCACUGAAGACACCCCCAGGAGAUCCCCGGAGCCGAAGCCAAUCCCUGGCCUGGAUGCCUCCACUCUGGCUCUGCAGCAAGCCUUCAUCCACAAGCAGGCCGUGCUGCUGGCCAGGGAGAUGACCCUGCAGGCCAUGGCACUCCAGCAGCAGCCCCUGAGUCCUGCCCCAAGGCCCACACCCCCAGAGAAACCCCUCGCACCAGAGGCACGGCCAAAGUUCUUAGGCACUGGACCCCCGGCCAAGCCAGUGCUACUGCGUUCCAGUCCGAAGCCCUUGACCCCAGCCCCUCCGGCCAAGGCCCCCAGGCCCCCCACCAAGCCUGUGGCUGCCCCCAUUCUAGCUCAGGACCGGGCUUCUCCAGAAACCAUGCUACCCUGCCCAGAACUGGUCAGGUACUCCACACUGAACUCGGAGCACUUCCCCCAGCCCACACAGCAGAUCAAGGACAUUGUGCGGCAGUACCAGCUGCCGUGGGGAGGCCAGCCCAAGGCCCUCAGGAAGGACUGCGGGAGGGUGUUCGUGAAGCGGCCAGACCCCCACGAGGAAGCCUUGAUGAUUCUCAAGGGACAGAUGAGCCACACGGCAGCAGUGGCGGCAGCACCUGGCACCCAGGUGCCCAGGGAGACUGUGGCCCUGGUGAAGCCAGUGACCAGUGCACCGAGGCCGUCCAUGGGGCCCACUCCAGCGCCGCCGUCCAGGUCACUGGAGCCUGCUGGGGAGCUAGUGCAGACACAGCUACACCGCCUCCUCAACCCCUAUUUCUACGCCUACCAGGACCCCCCCUGGCAGAUCUUCCUCCGCAAAGAGGUGUUUUACCCGAAGGACAACUACAACCACCCUGUGCAGCUGGACCUCCUGUUCCGGCAGAUUCUGCACGACACCCUCUCCAAGGGCUGCCUGCGCAUCUCUGAGGAUGAGAGACUGCAGAUGAAGGCCUUGUUUGCCCAGAACCAGCUGGACACAAAGCGGCCCCUGGUGACGGAGAGUGUGAAGCGGGCCGUGGUCAGCACCGCACGCGACAGCUGGGAGGUGUACUUCUCUCGCCUUUUCCCGGCCACGGGCAGCGUGGGCACUGGCGUGCAGAUCUUGGCUGUGUCUCACAUGGGCAUCAAACUCCUGCAGAUGGCCAGGGGCGGCCGGGAGGCCAGCGGGCAGCUGCGUGUCCUGCGCUCUUACAGCUUUGCAGACAUCCAGUUUGUGACCAUCCCCUCCCAGAACAUGCUGGAGUUCAACUUGGCCAGUGAGAAGGUCAUCCUCUUCUCGGCCCGAGCUCAUCAGGUCAAGACUCUGGUGGACGACUUCAUCCUGGAGCUGAAGAAGGACUCAGACUACGUGGUGGCUGUGAGGAACUUCCUGCCCGAGGACCCGGCUCUGCUGGCCUUCCACAAGGGCGACACCAUCCACCUGCAGCCCCCGGAGCCCCCCCGAGUGGGCUACAGUGCCGGCUGUGUCGUCCGCAAGAAGGUCGUGUACCUGGAGGAGCUGCAGCGCAGAGGCCCUGACUUCGGCUGGAGGUUCGGGACCAUCCAUGGGCGCGUGGGACGCUUCCCUUCCGAGCUGGUGCAGCCCGUGGCUGCCCCCAACUUCCUGCAGUUGCCCGCUGAGCCCAGCCGGGGCCGCGCCGCUGCCGUGGCAGCCGCCGUGGCCUCCACGGCCGCUGCGUGGGAGGUGGGCCGCAGGAGGGAGGGCUCCCCCAUCAGGACCGGCUCAGCUGACCGUGGGGAGGACAGCCUGGCUCCCCCACCGCACACAAUGCUGGCGUUUGCUCAGAAGUAUUUCCGAGACCCUCAGAGGAGACCCCAGGAUGGCCUCAGGCUGAAGUCCAAGGAGGGCCGGGAGUCCAGAACCUUGGAGGACAUGCUGUGCUUCACCAAGACCCCGCUGCAGGAAUCCCUCAUCGAGCUCAGCGACAGCAGCCACAACAAGAUGGCCACCGACAUGUUCCUAGCUGUGCUGCGGUUCAUGGGGGAUGCCCCGCUGAAGGGCCAGAGCGAGCUGGACGUCCUCUGCACCUUGCUGAAGCUGUGCGGGGAGCACGAGGUGAUGCGGGACGAGUGUUACUGCCAGAUCGUGAAGCAGGUCACAGACAACACCAGCGCCAAGCCGGACAGCUGUCAGCGAGGCUGGAGGCUGCUGCACAUUGUGACUGCCUACCACAGCUGCUCCGAGGUCCUGCGGCCACACCUCCUCCACUUCCUCCGAGAUGUGAGCCAGACCCCAGGCCUGCCCUUCCAGGGGAUCGCCAAGGCCUGUGAGCGGAACCUGCAGAAAACCUGGCACUGCGGUGGCCGCCUGGAGCUCCCCAGCGCCAUGGAGCUUCGCGCCCUGUUGGCCGGCCGCAGUUCCAAGAGGCAACUCUUUUUCCUCCCCGGAGGUCUCGAACGCCAUCUCAAAAUCAAAACAUGCACCGUGGCCCUGGAUGUGGUGAAGGAGAUCUGUGCCGAGAUGGCCCUGUCACGCCCUGAGGCCUUUGAUGAAUACGUCAUCUUCCUGGUCACCAAUGGAGGCCAGCACGUGUGCCCACUCAGCCGCUGCACGUACAUCUUGGACGUGGCCUCAGAGAUGGAGCAGGUGGACAGCAGCUACAUGCUCUGGUUCCGGCGCGUGCUCUGGGACCAGCCACUCAAGUUCGAGAAUGAACUAUACGUGACCAUGCACUAUAACCAGGUCCUGCCCGACUACCUGAAGGGUCUCUUCAGCAGCGUGCCCACCGGCAGGCCCAGCGAGCAGCAGCUGCAACAGGUGUCCAAGCUGGCUUCCCUGCAGCACCGGGCCAAGGACCACUUCUACCUGCCCAGUGUACGGGAGGUCCAGCAGUACAUCCCGGCUCAGCUCUACGGCACUAUGGCUGGCUCAGCCUGGCUCAACCUGAUCAGCCAGCACCGGCAGCAGACACAAGCCAUCAGCCCCCACCAGGCCCGGGCCCAGUUUCUGGGCCUCCUCAGCGCCUCCCCCAUGUUUGGCUCCUCCUUCUUCUUCAUCCAGAGCUGCAGCAACCUUGCUGUGCCAGCCCCCAGCAUCCUUGCCGUCAACCAGAAUGGCCUCAACUUCCUCAGCAUUGAGACCCAUGAACUGAUGGUGAAGUUCCCCCUGAAGGAGAUCCAGUCGACAUGGACCCAGAGGCCCACUGCCAGCUCCAGCUACCCCUACGUGGAGAUCGUGCUGGGGGACGUGGCAGCCCAGGGCACUAUGCAGCUGCAGCUGGAGCAGGGCCUGGAGCUGUGUCGAGUGGUGGCUGUGCACGUGGAGAACCUGCUCAGCGCCCGGGAGAAGCAGCUCACGCUACCCCCCAGCGAGAUCACGCUGCUCUGACCC